AUGAACGCACAGGCUGCAGCAACCGCCUCUGCAUCUCAGGCUUCCGAGAGUCAUCAUCAAAGUCUUCUUCGUAACGUAAGAAACACUGCUGCCACUGCGAAAUUAAUGGCAAUAGUGUCACUUGACCGCAGGCGCGCCCGUCAGUCCAGGGACGCUGCUGCAACAGCGACCGCUAGGGCUGCUGAGACACCACUCCGUUGGUCUGUACGAAAUUCUACGAGGGCAGUAGAGACACCUGCCCUCAGGCACGCCCAUCAAUCCAGGAACGCUGCUGCAACAGCGACCGUUAGGGGCUGGUCGAAGUCAGCUGAAACAUUUGACCGGAGGCGCGCCCGUCAAUCCAGGGAUGCUGCUGCAACGGCUAGCUCGAGGGAGUCUGAGACAGAGCUGCAGCAGGCAACCCGCAAUGCCUGCAACGUUGCAGCGACUUCUGCUGCCAGAAACUCCAGGACCCAAAGACAAAUGCAAACAUACUUUCAAAGGCUGCUACAAACAUGGCUGCUGUGCGCUUAUCUCAAACUCCCCAAGCUCACCACAUACGCCUCGAGGACGACAUUCAGCGCCUUGCGGCCGCCCGUUGUAUUAACUAGCCCAGUAGCUCUUUUUGAUCUUUCUUGGCUUUCAACUACGACCCCGGCAUUAACUUAA